AUGAAGUCCAUCUUCAGCGGAAUCCAGAAGCUUGUUUCGAGCCAGUCGCCAGAACCUGUUGCGUCUCCACCGGAACAGCAGAUUCCGACGGAAAUGCAGUCUCCGACGGACGAAGAGCAGGUCCUCAGUCCGCAGGAAGCCGAGUCGAUGGAACAGCAGGUCCCGUAUUCAGUCACUCUUCCUGAUUCAGAGGCUCAGGAUCUAGAGAAGCCUGAAUCUCCCAAAUCGCCAACGGCUGUUGAUGACGAUUGCGAUUCCUACGUAAACCCUCAUAGAUCCCAACCGGCUGAGCGAAAUGAACCAAAUCGGGUUCUGGAAAUUGAAGAACUUUCUGAUGGUUCUGAUUCGGUUCAAGUAACCGGAACCACUAGGCCGUCUGUCUCGUCUCGAGUAGUGAAGCGCAAGCAGUCAGCCGCGAUGCCUUCUGAGCAGAAGAAGCGGCGUCAAACGACUCGAGGAAAAGGAGUGGCUGUGAAAGGCGAACUGUCUUUGGAAUUUGAUCAACCCCGGUUUGGAUCUGCUGUUGCUUUUCAGAGGUAUGGUUCUUUUACUUCUCGGAAAUUGCAUGCCGAGGUGAACACCACUUUUGGAGAGAUUGAUGAGGUUAGGGAACUGAUAGAUGCUGCGGGUCUGCUUAGAACUGUAUCUGCGAGUAAGCCUUUUGAUCCCCAAGUUGUGUAUGAAUUUUGGGCGAAUCUGCCAACUGUUGAGCCAGAGACAGAUUCAGCAGAAGUUUUAGUUCGAAAUUGGGUGUAUGAGUUUAGUCCUGACAGGAUUAAUGCGUUGUUUGGACUGCCAGCUGUGGAUGAACGCACAGAACAACGGCAUAUGGCUGAAGUGAUUACCUCAGACAUAGCUCUGUUUGUAUCUGGUGGCAAGGCCAAGGUCUUUAAGCAAUUUCAACUGUCCAAGGUUGAAAACAACAACAUCAAGGAUCUUCUCAAGAUCUGUUGUACGAAUUGGCUGCCUACUACCAAUGAUGGAUAUGUCACUCCGGACAGAGCCAAACUCGUCUACAAGGUGAUGCAUCAGAAACCGUUUGAUUUUGGGAGGAUGGUUUCAAGCUGA